AUGAAACCUCAAAGAUCGUAUCAUAAAGGCGCAAGAGUGUUAGUCGCGAACGGCAGUAUCAUGAACAUUGAACAUUCACCAGGUGCUGUAACUGGAAAACCCAUAUUGGAAAGAUCUCCUAAAAGAGGAGACAGUUUCAAGAUCAAGAAAUCGAAACGUUUUGACGUUUCGGAGCCAAGCUAUUCUAGAUUGGAGAGUCCUGAGAAGACCCAGGGAAUGGUAUCCAGCUCUCACUAUGACAGUAACGCGGCGCAGCGAAACUCAUCCUACACAAAUCAUCGGAGCUACGGACCCUCUGUGCCUGGUGCGGUUGCUCAGUAUACUCUGAUGAACUAUGCUAACAAUUUCAAUCAACUUAACUCAGGCAGUACGUUUGGUGCACCCACGCCAGCCCCGCUAGCCACCAGACCGCCAGACAAUUGCAAUGCGGAAAUAAACCACAUAUUUGAUGACUUUGAGCAGUUCAGUUUCCAAACGUUUCCCUCCUACUUCAACCCGCGUUCUGCCACCAACAUGCCACAUCAAGAGAAAGUGAACAAAUGGAUCGAGAAUGUGCCUACAUUCGUCGCAUCUGGCGGGGAUUGGCAGUCGAACUGUUACAGCGUUGAAUUCGAUGUGGACUGGGAAGAACAGGAAUUCGAUCUUGCAAACUUGGACCAGCAUCAAAAUCAUGAUCCUACACUAACCACUUUUUCAUUCAACACCGCUGAUGAGAUACUUCAUUUACAGGCCAAACGUCUGGAUACUCUAGUUCGAAAGGUUUACGAUUUGACACCUGAAAUACCUCUGAACUACGCAGGAAAACGACGCUAA